AUGGAGGAACUGGACUUUAAUGAAGUGGAUCCAGAGGCUGACCAACAAGCUGACAAAGACACACCUGCUGCGGAUGACCUUUGGUCUGGUUACUGCCCAGCAUGUUCUCAUUGUGUGCAAGAGUACACUCUCCCUACAGCGAAUACUAAUGCCAACAAUGUAGCGGACAAUACCAAUACCGAGAGUAACAACUCCUCAGCUGUUACCAUCUCUUCUCUUGUCAACAAUGUGGCUCCCAUCCCUAGCAUCACUGCCACCACUGCUGUUACUACUACUCCUGUCAAUAAUGUGGCUCCGAUCACUCCUGUCCCUCAUGUCAUCACUGCCGCCACCCAAGCUGCACCUAAUAUUAAUAAUGUGGCUCUGAUUGCUCCUGCCCCUCAUAUUAUGGCUGCCGCCACCCAAGCUGCACCUAACUUCCACACUAAUAUGUCUGUGUCCCAGUGCUGGUAUGUAGUUACCGCUGGACGCAAGACUGGUGUAUUUCAAGGGUGGCAUAAUGUUCACAUUCUUGUUAUUGGCGUGCCAGGUGCCUGUUUUGCCUGCCACUCCUCUCUUAGUGCUGCCCAGGCUGCAUAUGCACAGGCGUUGAACGAUGGUUCUGUCUCGCACUUGCUGUUUUGA